AAAUUUUAUUAUAUGAGCAGCGCAGUGUGACAGUAUUGCGAGACACCGAGGAGGGCCGCAAAGCUGAGGAGGAGAAUGCGUGUUAUAUGAAUUUGAAUAACAGACGUAAUCGAUUUGAUAAGGAAACUCAAGCCAAUGUGGCUUUUUGUAAAACUCGUAGUAUCAACACUGAUUUUAUAUUCAAAAGUCAUGUUGCUUCGUAUGUAUCGAAUUUUGAAAUGUUUGACACUUAUAAAGAUUUAGAAAGAACAACGCUGAGUGUAGAUGUGAACGGUAAUAAAAAAAUCCAAGUGAUUACGUAUAAGGUGAAGGGUGUAGAUAAAUUUCUUGAAAUCAAUCGAUUACCCAACUUUAAGUUGGCUUUAAUGCUGACUUUGCGAAUAUUGGCCAGCAAUACUUAUGAGAAACAGCAACGACGUUUUCGUAACAUGAUAAUGCCCGAUUCGUUGGCUUUGGAUAUUUACAAUCGUUAUCGUAUCGAUCACUUGUGGACGUUUACUUUACCUCUAAUAAAUACAAUCAGAAAGUUUGUUACGGAUAUAUGUUGGUGUCCUAGUAAUGGUGAUUUUUUAGCCGCAUCGUAUGCUUUCAGCACCAGCGGAGAGGAUGUGUCCGCAAGUUCAAACGGCUGCGUUUGUAUAUGGAAUAUAAAAAAUCCAGUUAAUCCUGAACGAUAUUACAAUUUCAAAGUGUCCGUUGUAACGUUAGAAUUUUCCCCGUUCGCUACAAAGCUGCUAUCGAUUGGUUUAUACGAUGGUUCGGUUUACGUUUACGAUAUAAGCAAUAUUGAGAAUCCUCAAGUGGCUGUAUCCGAGCGUAAAAACUCAACCAACUUUGAACCGAUCACAUCUAUCAAAUGGGUCCGAAAUGACAACAGCUAUACCAGAUUAGCACGAAUAGAACCAUUUUUGGCUUUAUGUCGCAACGGUUCAAUUACACGAUAUUCCAUAAUAGAUGGUCCCUAUUUGUUAGGCUUUCCUCUGAUGGAACUUAGUUGUGUUGAGAAUAAUCCAAGGGAUCUCAAUAUAGAACGAACAUCGAAUGAGCUAUUGAUAAAUUGCAAUGCCCAGGGCUCGUAUAUAUGUUUGGAUGCGUGGGAAAAAGAUAUCUAUUAUGUUUUGACAAAUGAGGGCUGCCAGCAUAAAUGUUCGAUUAAUUGCGUGCAACAGGAAUUGGAAGUAUCGCGAUUGCAUGAGGCCGGCAUAAAUGCAAUGGAUUUUUCACCAUGGUCGCCUAAAUUGUAUUUAACUUGUGGAAAUGACUGGUGUAUACAUAUUUGGAUGUCGGGUAUUUGUAGACCACUAAUAACUUUGAAAUAUUACAUGAGUCCAGUUCUAAUGGCCGCGUGGAGUAAAACACAUUCUUCGAUAAUAAUAUCAUUAAAUCGAACAUCGAUUGACGUAUGGGAUUUAAAGCGAAGUGUACUAAAGCCAUAUUCUUCAACGAGAAUUGAUCCGAAAGCUGAGUAUACGACAUUUAGAUUGUCAAAUUGUGGUCGUUCAGUAGCUGUGGGUAACAGCAAUGGUCAAGUCGAAAUAUUGGCAUUCGAGGAUAUGCCCUUUCCACCACAUUUUCAGUACGAGCAUUUAGAAAAGACCCUUUUGGAAAUCAUUUGUAAUGAUAAACACUUGCUGGAAGGUGUGAAAAGUCUUGGGUAUUUUGGUUAUCCAGAAAAUGAUGCAUGCAUGAAAUAGGCCGGUUUUUCAUGCGAGGAUGU